AUGAGUAUAGUUGGACGGAAGGACACACGCACCAUGGAGAGACCAUGGAAAUGUGGGGACUGUGGGAAGGGAUUCCGUUCCCCAUCCGCGCUGGAAACUCACCGACGAGUUCACACUGGAGACCGGCCUUUCACCUGCUCUGAGUGUGGAAAGGGAUUCACUCAGUCAUCCCAUCUGCUGUUACACCGGCGAGUUCACACUGGGGAGAGGCCGUUUACCUGCCCUGAGUGUGGGAAGGGAUUCAGUGAUUCAUCCACCCUCCUGAAACACCAGCGAGUUCACACUGGGGAGAGACCAUUCACCUGCUCUGAGUGUGGGAAGGGAUUCACUCAGUUAACUGGCCUGCUGCGACACCGGCGAGUCCACACUGGGGAGUGUCCAUUCACUUGCUCUGUGUGUGGGAAGGGCUUCACUCAGUUAUCCAGUCUGCAGACACACAAUCACAUUCACACGGGGGAGAAGCCAUUCACCUGCUCCAUGUGUGGGAAGGGCUUCCGUGAUUCAUCCAGCUUGCGGAAGCACCGGCGAUUUCACACCAGGGAGAAGCCGUUCACCUGCUCCAUCUGUGAGAAGGGAUUCAGUCAAUCAUCCAGCCUGCUGAGACACCAUGGCAGUCACACCAAUGAGAGACCUUUCAAAUGCUCUGACUGUGGGGGUGCCUUUAAGAACUCUGAGGAAUUAAUGGUCCACCAGCGCAUUCACACUGAGGAGAGACCGUUCAACUGCCCUCGCUGCACAAAGCGGUUUAGAACGUCAUCCAGCCUGAGCAGACACCAGCGAGUUCACACAGGGGAGAGGCCGUUCAUCUGCUCUGUGUGUGGGAAGGGAUUCAGCCAGUCAUCCACCUUAGUGACACACAAGCGAACUCACACUGGUGAGAGGCCAUUCACCUGUUCUGUGUGUGGGAAGGGAUUCACUCAGUCUUCUAACCUCCUGGCACACCAGCGAGUUCAUAAAUGAUUACAGGAGCUGGAUUCUGCUUUCAUUGCUGCUGUUAAUCACAUCCAGGACUAAACCAUGUUCAUUCUGACAAUUGGUGAAGUGGGAGCGUCAGAGGGUUUCUUUCUGCUGGACUGGACGGUCUCACGAAGUUGCUUCCAGUGAGCUGAUGCUCUUUGAACCUGGGAAUGCACAUUUCCACUGAAAUGAUCCACAAAAGCUGAUGAAGUACAUUUAUUUUAUUCUGGAUAGUAAAUAGUGUUCUGUCCACAAUGACAGGUAGAUCUAAAAUGAAUACAUUUGUCUCUGUUCCGUUGAGUCUACAGGAGAGGGCCAGGCUGUCGGCUCAAUUGGUCUCUGUCAGUAUUUAUGUUCCACAUCGGCCUCCACCCCACCCCGCUUCAUCUCCCCCAUCAGCAUAUCCUUCUAUUCCUUUCUUCCUCAUGUAUGUAUCUAGCUUCCCCUUCAAUGUAUUUAUGCUGUUCACCUCAACCAUUCACUGUGGGAGUGAGUUCCACAUUCUCACCACUCACUGGGGAAAGAGGUUUCUCAUGAAAUCACUACUAGAUUAUUGAACCCCUUCAUAAUCUUAAAGUCUUCCAUCAGGUCACCCUUCAGCCUUCUCUUUUCUAGAGAAAAGUGCCCCUACC